CAUUAUUUAUUCAAUGUAUAUCAACGAAAAGGCGAAUGUACAUUAUGGCGUGAAAUGUUGAUAGACUUUAUCGAAUAAUGUAGGCUAUUCUAAUUGAAAUGUUAAUCUCAAUCAUCUAACAAUAAGGUAUUGUUAUAAUAAUUAAUUAUUACUAUUAUAACAAUCAUUUAUAGUGUAAUAUGUUGAAAAAAGUUGAAAGUUUAAAACAGGAGCAUGAUCAAGAUAAUUUAACCGACGAAAAAUUCAAUUUGCAUCAAGAUAAGUUUGAAACAUUAUACUUUAUAGAUCCAACAAAAGAAUUAUUUCAUCCAUUGUCUAUAAAUCCUAACAUAUCUGGAUCUACAUUACCCACAUCAACUAUUGAUCCACGCCAGUUUAGUACAUCAUCUAUAGAUUUUCAUCAUUCACAACCAACUACUACUAGAAUACGUAAUUUUCUACCCUCUGAUCAAUGUCUUAAGAAUUCUCUCACCGCAUAUGAAUAUACUGUUAUAGGUACAAGUUGUUUAACAAACAAUUUAUCAACCAAUCCACAGUCUUCAUCUUUUCAGUCACUGUUUACUAUUAAUUCGGUGAAUUCAUCUAAUACACCAAUUGAGAUUAGAAAUACAAACGGUAAUAUAAAUUUAUCAGCCAAUGAACAAUUAGCAACAUCCCCACCAACUGAUAAUGCCAAAACGCAAAAUUACAGGAUAACUAUUACUACUAAUAACAGUCCACAUGAUCUAAGUUAUACAACUUCUAUUACUCCUACUUCUCAGUCAUCUCAUUUAAAAUCAACCAAUGAUUGUAGAUCACAAGAUCUAUCUGAACGUAUAGAUGGGACACAUAUUGGUGAAAACGCAUUCAAUCGUAUUAGAACAGUAUUACAACCACCACAAUUACAGAUUAGCCUGUCAAAAUUAAAUUUACAACAGUAUCACAAAUUACAGCAUGGCGAAGAUUCUUGUACAGAAUUAAAUUUCUUACGUAGUCAAAUCAAUAAUCCUAAGAUACCAUCCUGUUUAAAUGAUUAUAACAACAACAAUGGUGAUGAUGCGGAUAGCUCAUUGACAGAAACACAACUUUUACCCCCUGUCAUUAGUGCGUCAGAUCAAUUUCUAUCAGAUUUAUCAACUGAUCUAAUAAUAACCAGUUCAACAACUGAUUCAGUAGGGGCAGCUGCAUCAAACGUGAUGAGUUAUGUUCAUCAAAAUGGACCAUUAACUUACGGUAAUCCAGAACAACUGAAACAUUUGAAUUGCUUAGAUAUACGUUCGUUGAAUCAUUGGAAUACAAUUGAUUUGAGCUUAAAUGGAAGUUUAGAUCAAAUAACAAAUUAUCGUGAAUCACAAACCUAUGAUCCCAUUAUUAGUACCAAUACUAACAGUACCGAUAACAAUAAUAAUGGUAAUAAUGAUAAUGGGAGUAACAAUGACACGGAUAAUAACCUUAACCAUAGAAUAAAUAGCGGUAUAUUGAGAAUAGAUGAGGCAAACAAUUUGCUUAAACUACAACAACAUUAUCAACACUACCACGACCACCACCAACAACAACGGCCACCACCACAGCUUCAAAAUGUAAAUAAUUCAUUACUUUUAAACUCAAGUGCCUUACAAACAAAUCAUUUAAAACAUUAUAAUGGUCUGAUAACUACAUUCAAUCUUGAUGAUGCUAGCUCAGAAUUUCAUAGUAAUAAAGAUAAUGAACUGAAUCAUAUUAGUACAACAACAAAUACUAGUCAGGUAACAAGUGAUAAUGCAGCUCUCAGUGCUGUUACUGCUGCCGCAGCAGCAGCUGCUGCUGCAGUUGCCGCUGUUAAUGUGACUAAUGCACCAAUGCACCAAAUUAAUAGUGAAAACAGUGUGAAUAUAAGAAGUACUACUGAUGGCCUAAUCCAUACUUCGAACAAUGAUUGUAGUAAUAAUAACAAUAUCACUACUAAUAGUAACAAUCUAAUAAUGUCGAUUCCAUUUCUAGAAAAUUUCGAUCUCAAACCUACACAAACACAAAACUGUUAUAAUUAUCAUCAUUCUGAAGGCAGUUAUAAGCAUGAAUUAAAAAGUCAAAUAUCAGGUGUACAACAUAUACAAGGAAAUGCGUGUCAUCCAAUGCUUAUGAAUGGUUCAUUGGGUCCACCAAAUAAAAAUACUGGAUCAUUAAGCCUACAAAAAGCUAUGUCGAAUAUGUAUUCUCGACAUGACUUAAUUCCACAUUCUAUUCAAGAGAUGGAAGAAAUUAAUACAAAAGUAUUAGCUCAACGCAUAAGUGCUGAGCUGAAACGUUAUAGCAUUCCACAAGCUGUAUUCGCUCAACGUGUUUUGUGCAGAAGUCAAGGUACAUUAUCUGAUCUAUUAAGAAAUCCCAAACCAUGGAGUAAAUUAAAAUCUGGUCGUGAAACGUUUCGCAGAAUGUGGAAAUGGUUACAAGAACCAGAAUUUCAACGAAUGUCUGCUCUACGUUUAGCUGAAUCGGAUCCAAGAUAUUCAAGUCUCACAGUAUGUAAACGUAAAGAACCUGAGCAUAUCAAACCUUCAGAAAGUCGUCAGCCUAAGAAACCACGUCUGGUUUUCACCGAUAUACAAAGAAGAACACUACACGCCAUUUUUAAAGAAACUAAACGUCCUAGUAAAGAAAUGCAGUCAACAAUAGCUCAACAACUUGGAUUAGAAAUUUCAACAGUGGCAAAUUUUUUCAUGAAUGCACGUCGUCGGUCACUGGAUAAAUGGCAAGAAGAUACAAGCAAGGCAUCCAGUACAGCUAAUUCUCCACCGGAUUCUCCGUAUAGUCGUAAUGCACAAGGUCAGCAAUCAAGUAACAACAAUAAUUUAUGUUGUUCUAAGGAUGGAGACAUUGGUAGUUGCACUUCAUAUUCUCCACAGUCUAGACAUCAACCUGGACAUUCAGUGCCGAUAUCUACUCCCGUAUCAAUGUUAAAAGCACCCAACAGUAACUUUAAUCCAGAAAAUUGUAUUGAUUUAGAGCGAAUAACCCGUUGUAAUGGUAUGGUUGUUUGUAGCAGUUUUGCAAAACCUGUUAAUCAACAAUUAAAUUCUAAUCUUGUGAGAACAGUGUUCAAUAAUACUAAUAACGGUAAUAACAAUGGUUUAUUUACAACUAUCCAAAGAUGUGGUAAUCUUGGAAAUAGUUUGAAUCAAACAGGCAAUCAUGUGUUUAGUUCCGUUGACAGUCUUUCAAUUAUUCCAAGUAUUGUUUAUACACCACAAAACCCAGUUCCUAGACAACAUCAACAACAAAUUGGUGCACAAAACUUACCAAAUAAUUAUUCAAUACAGUUAACAUCACAAAUCCAACAUCCUUCUCACCAUCAUGCUCAUCUUCAUAAUCAACAUCAGCAUCAUCUACAUAGUCCAUCACAUUCUGUCAAUACACAAUCAGCACCGAUGACAGCGUUCUCAUCGUCAUCAAAUCAGUUGACAUAUCCUAUGGAUAUGUUACACAGGAGUGAAAAUCAUGGACAGACUCAUUUAACUGAAAAUUUUAGUAUAAAUGGUAAUAGUCAUAAUAACAGUAUAAUGAAUAAUGGUAGUAUGCAUGGGUCAAUUUAUCCAUACAGUAAUUCUCAUAGUAAUUAUACAUUCCCUGUCUCAGGAAAUUUACAGUCAUAUAGUUCACACUUGAAUCUACUUCAUCCUGGCAGUAAUAGUAAUGACAAUAAUAAUAUUAAUGCUAACAGGAAUUUCAGUAUGAAUUUACCUAAUAUGAAUGGAGCAACUACAUUAAGAAAUCGUUUUCUAAUGCAUGAUUUAACUGGUAGUUCACAGUUUGACCACCGUUUCUUGAGUACAAUGACUAACGGACAAAGAGUAUUAACUGAACAAGCAUUAGAAUUGUGUUCUUCAUUAGCUGCAGCUAAUGCUAUCUCACUUAACGGUAAUACUAAUACUAAUCAGAUAAUCAAUGAAAAGAUAAAUCACUAUCAUUCUAAUUCAGAAAUUAAAAUUACACAUGGAGUGAAUGAAUCAAUUGAUAUAAACAAUAUCGUAUACAACAGAGGUAUUCACUCGAACAAUAAUGAUGAGGAUGGGGAUGAGGAUAAUGAUGGUGAUGGUGAUGAAAACAUCAAUCCAUUGGCGAACAAUGCCAAUAAUAGUAAUAACAAUGAAAAUAAUGACAGCAAUCAGUACCAGCAUCAGCAACAAUUGGAUUUAAUGAAUAAAACGAAUUUAUCAUUAGACGAAUGUAAUCAACUUUGCUUACAGGCAUCAAAUCAGUUAACAAAACAUAAUUAUUUUGUAACAAAUGAAUUUCUUGAUCAGAUUAAACAAGUAAAUGAACAAAAACUAUUAAAAAAUGAAAAAGUUGAAGAUGAUAGAAAUAUGAGAGAUAAUAAUCUUGAAGGUACUGAAGAUAUGGACAACUUUGAUGAUAGUGAUGAUGAUGAAUUUAUUGAAGAAGUUGUUGGUAUUCAUGGUGAGGAUGAUGAAGGUGGUGAUUUCGAGGAUGGCGAUGAUGAUGGUGCUAAUGAAGUUGACAGACAAGCAGACGAAUCGGUCAGACAUAGGUUAAACUCAGAUUCAGAUGAAUAAUUCACUUUCAUAAUCACUAAUAGGUAUCAAGAAAUAUACGUGGAGAGGAAACCCUUUUAUAAUUUAUUUUUUUUGCGAAUAUAAAAAUAUUAGCGG